GGUGUCACGUGAGGCCCAGGUGGCGGCGGAGCUACUGCGAGAGUGAGAGGAAGGGGAAGUCGGAAGGGGUGCGAAUGAGGCAAGGGGGGCGGGGGGAAAGACAGCUCCCGGGAGGGCUAGGGCUGCGUGUACAUUUGCCUCUCCCUGUAGCUCUCCGAUCGGCCCUACUUUGGUCGCUCGCAGCCUGGUGACAGCUGGGCCCGGCCGGCCGCGUGCUGCCUGGGGCGUGAGGAGCGCGCGCCCUGCCCUCUCGUGCGGCGCUCGUCGCCCCUCCCCCCGUCCAUCCCAUCGCUUCCCGUCCCGUCUUGUCCCGUCCCUUCGGGUGCUGCCGUCUGUGUGCCUAUGCGAGUCGGCGGCAUUGGGGACAUCUUUUGACUUCCCGGCCCCUAUCCCGGCUGCCCUCCCCAUCCCAUCGCGGGGCCGGCCGCUGUUCCGGCCCCAGGAUGCAGAAUGUGAUUAACACGGUGAAGGGAAAGGCACUGGAAGUGGCUGAGUACCUGACCCCGGUCCUCAAGGAAUCAAAAUUUAAGGAAACAGGUGUAAUCACCCCAGAAGAGUUUGUGGCAGCUGGAGAUCACUUAGUACACCACUGUCCAACAUGGCAAUGGGCUACAGGGGAAGAAUUGAAAGUGAAGGCAUACCUACCAACAGGCAAACAAUUUUUGGUAACCAAAAAUGUGCCAUGCUACAAGCGGUGCAAACAGAUGGAAUAUUCAGAUGAAUUGGAAGCUAUCAUUGAAGAAGAUGAUGGUGAUGGGGGAUGGGUAGAUACAUAUCACAACACAGGUAUUGCAGGAAUAACUGAAGCAGUUAAGGAGAUUACAUUGGAAAACAAGGACAGUAUAAAACUCCAAGAUUGCUCAGUGCUUUGUGAAGAGGAAGAAGAGGAAGAUGAAGGAGAAGCUGCAGACAUGGAAGAAUACGAAGAGAGUGGAUUAUUGGAAACAGAUGAGGCUACCCUAGACACAAGGAAAAUAGUAGAAGCUUGUAAAGCUAAAACUGAUGCUGGAGGUGAAGAUGCUAUUUUGCAAACCAGAACUUAUGACCUGUACAUCACUUACGAUAAAUAUUACCAGACACCACGAUUAUGGUUGUUUGGCUAUGAUGAGCAACGGCAGCCUUUAACAGUUGAGCACAUGUAUGAAGACAUCAGUCAAGAUCAUGUGAAGAAAACAGUGACCAUUGAAAAUCACCCUCAUCUCCCACCACCUCCCAUGUGUUCUGUUCACCCAUGCAGGCAUGCUGAAGUGAUGAAGAAAAUCAUUGAAACUGUUGCAGAAGGAGGGGGAGAGCUUGGUGUUCAUAUGUAUCUUCUAAUUUUUUUGAAAUUUGUACAAGCUGUCAUUCCAACAAUAGAAUAUGACUACACAAGACACUUCACAAUGUAAUGAAGAGAACAUAGAAUCUAUUCCUAAUUAUUGGUUCUGAUUUUUAAAUAAUUAACACAUAGGUGUGACCAUUGACCAUAUUCACCAAUAUGUAUAAUUUCUCUAAUAAAGGGACUUAUAUGUUUAUGCAUUAAAUAAAAAAAUGUUCCUCUACCAGCCUUACUUGUUUAAUAAAAAUGUGUGUAAAGAGA